GGGAUCUUCAUUGGAAUUGAAAUAUUUGUAUUUGAAAUUGGCUCUCUCUCUCUCUCGCUCGCUCGCGUUGAUAAGAUUUCAGCCUUGUUCGCUAUUCUUCCUCCCGCUCUUGUUCAUUCGUUCGUUUUGCUCACUGGAGCACCCUGCACUCUCUCACGCGUUCUCACACUUAGCGGCGACCAACCCAAUUCCAAUUCGAAACCACAAUAAACGGGGAAUUGCCAAAGUGGAAACAAAACGAAAAAAUGUAAACAUUUGCAUACUGAAACGAUGAUAAUAAAAUUUAUAUAUUUUACUUUUCGUAAGUCGAAAUUGUUCAGUAUUAGCGCUCGCAUUAAUUGAUGCACGUACACACAUGUUUCGGAUUUUGUAUGUUGUCCGUUGUCUUUGAAUUGCUUCCAAUCUUCACGAAAUCUGUGCGUUGUUGCUGGUUGUGUUUUCAUUUUCGGGGAUUUAUUUCGGUUGUUGCGCGUGAUGUGUACAUUUUGUGAUCAUACAAAUAGAUAGACAAACGAAAUCAUUUAUGUUAGUAAACAACGAGCUGUGAACAGUACGACAGGUAAUUGUGAUUUAGUGCGGGACAUGAAAAACGAUGACGGAGGAGAAUUUCAAACAAAAAAGCCAACAUACUAUUGAACCAGCGAACAAACGAACGAAUGAGCGUGCAUACAUAUUUCAAUUUUGACUUUAAUGGAUUCCAAUCGGUUGGUUUGCUGUUGUGGCAUUCUCUCUCUCUCUCUUUCCAUCGCUUGACCAUCCACCUUGGAAUCGCACGUAUAUAUGAAUUAUGCUUAAAGUAAUACAUUGCGUUUAAUUGACACAUUCCGCAAUCCUAACAAACCAAACCGGUGACAAAAAUUACACACAUUAAUAUUUUAAGUAAAUUUUAAUGACCCAACAAAUUAAAAGUCGACGGUCCAAACGGCUUGGAGAAAAAAAAACGGUGUGUUUUAUUUUUCCUUUCUGCUGCCAAGUUGGGACAUGGAACAUUUUGGAUAAGACGAUUUAAUUGCGUUGUGCGCCACGCCAUCCAAUGUGUGUGUGUGUUGUUAUUAUUUUGUAUUUGGUUUUUUUUUCUGUCGUUCGGUGAACAAGCGUGCGAGUACGAGCGCGCUCGCGACUUAUAAACGAACAAGUGAACGAGUGAUUGAAGCGAGUGCAAUCGACACAACCAACGACAACAAGAACAUAUCGUGUGUGCGCAAGUGUUUCAUGUAUCGAAUUUCGUCAUUGAUUCAAACGAUUGUGUACAAUUUUCUAUAGUGAAUGAAUUCUUCGACAAGUGGUGCAUAAUACAAGUAAAUGUCCAUUGAAAAUCUGCAUUCUACCUCUUUUUUCUGCCCCGGUCGAAAUGGAAUAGAAGGCAACAACAACACAAACAGCGGCUAUCGCUUAACAAAUCGUAAAAAAGCUAUUUUGUAUUGUGCAAUAAAUAAAAUAGAAUUGAAACGAUGCGGCCGAAUAAUGCAUUUACAAAGAUAGAUAGAGAGAGAGAGAAAGAGAGAGAGAGAGAGAGAAUGAAAGGGUGAUGAGCCCGUCCCAGCUAAUUAAAAAAGUUUGCACACGUUGUUUGAUUGUGUAUGAGCAUUCGCGCACAUUAAGGAAUAAACCGAAAGUAAUGUUAAUCGCAAUGCAAACGGUACCCAAAACGAACAAAAAUUAUUAUUCAAAUGAAAAAAAAAGAACUGCGAACUUGUGUGUGGUGACACACAAUAUUAUUGUAAGAUAUGAAAUCGUGCCUGCAACAACAAAAAAAUACCGAUACCGAGCGGCAGCCUAGUGAAGUCGAACAAGCAGCGGCAAUGGCAACCGCAAAAUAAGCAAUAAUUUUUCAUGUACACAUAUCUCUCACAUUCGCGGCGGCGGCGGCGACGGUGUCGUUGACGAGAUACAGCUACAAUCAUAAAGAUACACUCCUCCAGAACUGAACAAAUCCUUACUCUUUCGCAUUGCUGCCGCCAAACAAUGAUCACAUUUUGGACGGACGCGAUUGAUAUGCAAAUGUGUGUGUAUGAGAGCUGUUGAUGUCCGUGUAGAGAGUACUAUUUCUCACCUGUUUCCCGAAACGAUCGCAACAAACGGGCCAUAGACAUAGGCUUUAUAAUGCGCAACGCUCUUUUCAAUUAGACGAUUUCGAACUGUGUGCCGCUUUGUGUCAUUUAAAUAACAACACUGUUUGCGCAUAAACCAAUCGAAUCAACCGUCCAUCAAGUUCACCAGUUUGCCGAAUUUUCGUUCUUGUCGCCAAUCAGCACUGGACCAUCAACGUGCUGUGGUUAACGGAAGAAUUCAAUCGUGCCUCAUCGACAAAUAAUUACGUAGUGUUAUCGACACAUUUCUCGGGUAAAUGUGAAUAUCGAUUAUCAUAAACAAGCAAGCAGUCAGAAGUGAUUCAACGAAAUUGGUGGAAUUUUGUGAGAGUUUUCGUUCGGUUAUCGUGUGCAUCUAUGAAUUGAAUGAGAUUCAGUGUGAAAAAGAAGCAAAGAGUAAUGAAAUGAUUAGAUGGCUUUGGCCGAACAGACACAUUUUCGGCAGUGAUGUGAUGCAUUGAAACAUUUUUACCAGCCAGUGUAAAAUACAUAAUCAUAAAAAGUUCUUCAAUCAUUUCGUUUAGUUUUGUCCCUCUUAGUGUUCAUGUGCCGUCGUUGUUUUGUUUUUGUUUUCUUUCGAUUGCAAGUGAAUUUCAAUUUCUAGUUUAAAUUGUUCAACGGUUCAAUCGACCAUGGCUACGCGGGCUAUUGUGAUUUUAAUCGCCAUCUGGUGUGUUAUUCAAGGUUUCGCCUAUGGAAUAAUGUCCAUAUUGGCAUUGCUCGCCCAUGAUUGUCAACUACCCAUGAGACAAUCCAAAAUUCCGUACUUAAUGUAUAUUAUCUUCUUUAGAGAUCAGCGAUGCGAUCUAAAUCAACGAAUUGAUUGGAAUAUUGUGGCGGAUAUUCCACCGCCGACGGAACCAAUUUGGCCGUCUGUUACUCAAGUUGCAUUUAGGACAAAUAUCAUAGCCUUUGUCUACCUUACGCUCAGCACCAUUUGGAUUAUUACAUCACUCAUGCUAAUUGUUGGUUGCUUCAUGGCGUGUUUACAGCGAGUCGCUUACUAUUUACUUGUUAUGCCGUGGGCCAUCUUCACCACUCUUACCUCGAUUCUGGAUGUGGUCGCUGUCGGCUUUUUCUUCUAUGAUCUGUUUAAUACAUUGAAUACAGAAUCGUUCGUGCACCACAUGGAAAUGCAAAAUACAUCCACCGAAUUUGCGUCGCUUUUGAUUAGCGCAAAUAUUCUACCGAUUCCGGCUGUGAUAAUGCUAAUUGUCGCUGGACGUGGCUUCAUAUUCUGGUGCUUCAACAUUCUCAGCAUACCGAUUGUGUUGGCAUACAUGAAAAACAUCCUGUAUGGCAGCAAACGGACGGCAGAGGCUAGUGAUGAGCGUGAUUUUCAAUAUGCUCGCAGUCACGCACACGGAAAUAACAACAUACUCGAGAGUCAUUUUCCCUCAACGGAACGCAGUCGAUACAGUGAUCCAAGCUAUUAUCAUCAGUAUCAGUAUGAUAAUAUGAGCUAUCAACAGGAUAAAUAUGAUUUGAGCCGAACGAUCGGCAGACGAUACAUUGAACCAUUGAAAGGUGAAACGAUCGAUGAACCCGAUAAUCAUGCGAAACGAAUGGCCAUAUCGAGAAACAGUAGCAACGAAGACAAAUCAUCGAAAAAGUCUUCGUGGAGCGAUGACAGUGGCCAUUCAACAAGUACCGUACACUUGGCACAAACAGCUAGCAUGGCAGCCAGUUCGAAUGGCGGCGGAUCAAAAAUGGAUACGGAUGCCAGGUCAUCGUCGUACAAUUGGCGGGAGAUGCCAACUGAUGCAGUAUUGAAAAUUGAACGGCCACAUUUCCGUUUGCCACACAAACCGUCAUUGUUGAAAAAAUUAUCGGAUUCAUCGUAUGUACCACCAUCAGAAGAACCGCAUCAUCAAACGGCUCAUCAGUACACCGGCGGUGAAGAGCUAAGAAGUCAAUUGCCUUGGUCGUAUUUCGGCGGUGCACGACGAUCGGAUGCCAUCAAACCGAAGAAAUCAUUUGUUGAACUUCGUGAUGAUGAAGAUUUGCCACCAGUACCUGUGCCUGAUUAUACGAUGAAAUUUCCGCCAAGGGACCAACAGGGUCGUCCAUUGAAUGGCAAUGAACGUCGUCGUGUCGUGCCAGCGAAAAAAUUCAUUAAUCCAAAACGGGGAGCGGUGACCAGCCGAGAACACGAACGAAGUCAAUGGAGCGGCCCAGAAGUUCGAUAUUAAUCAAUUGGAUUUGAGACACACAAACUCAAGCUCACAUACGCACACACACACACAAACUGUCGAUCGGAGGAUUGAUGAGAUCAUCUAAAAUGUCGUGCGAGAUGAAAACUCUCUUGAACGAUCUGCCCUUGGAAUACAUAAUUCACCGAAUGUUUUCGAUUGAACGCGCGCGACAUUCCAUUUUGCAUGCAGUCAUAACUUAGGUUACCGUAAUUCAAAUAAUAAUAACAAAAACAACAACAACAACAAAACCCAAGAUCUAGUAUAUUGAUAAACCGUUGAAGAAUUUCAUUUUCGAAUUUUUAUUUAUUAAUAAGCAAAAAAAGCAACAACAAUAAAAAAAACGUGUUAGGUGUA